AUGAUAGUAAUUUUAUUGAUACUUGUUGAUAUUACAUCUUAAGAACUGAUAACAAAUUCAUAAAUUGAACUUUGUGAUUAAACAUAAAAUAAUGAUUGUUCUGAUAUCAUGUUUAUCUAAUUAACAUUAGAAAACUCCCAAAACAUAUCAACUUAAUAAAUCUAAAUCAAUUAAACAAUAGUCAACAAUAACACUUUAUAAUUGUAAACUCCUAUUAAUAUCUCAAUUAUUCAGACACCUGUUUAUGCAUAUUAUCCAAUAUAAUAUUUUAAAGAUUACAAUAGUAAACCUUAUGAAUUUAAAAUUCCAUUAUCAGCAGAUAAAAUUUGUGAUGAUAAUUGGUUUUCUAAUUCACCAACAUGUGAAUUCUAAAAUUCAGAAAAAAAUAAAAUUUAAGAUAGUCAAGGUUUUUGUUGUUCUUGUAAUUCUUAAGACUUAAUCUAAUAAAAUGAUGAUAAUGAUGAUCUAAUCAGAGAUAAUAUAUGCAAUAAAACUGCAGUAACAAGCAUAGCAUUUUGUCUUAGGUAAUCUCCUCUUUGGUAUAGGUAUCUUAUUUUAUAUAUUAUUAAGCUCUUAUAAAAUUUCUCAAUUUAUAAUCUAAUACAAUAUUACUAUUUCCAUAAGCUAUUCACUUAAUCUUACUAAAUAGUUCAAUUUAGGAUCUGAAAUAUAAGAGUAGAAAGACUAAAACAUUUUUGCUAAAAUUGUUUCUGGUUUUAGCCCAUAAUAAUAACCACCUGUUUUGGAAAAUCUAUAUUUCAUGAAACCAAGUUUACCAAUAGAUCAUAAUAGAGUUUAAAUUGGAUCAGAAGCCUAUAUGCUUAUUCCAUAAGAAUUAGUAGGACAAGGCGAUUGUAAUAAAAUUGGUGUAUCAUAUUCUUCUUUUAAAAAUUAAACAUAGAAAUGUAAAGUACUUAUGCAAUCUUGUUUAUAAAAUCAAAUAGAAGAUUUAUAUCAAAAUGAUCUAGAAUUAAUUGCUAAUAAUUCUUAACCUUAAUAUUUGAUUUUUAAAUAUGGAUAAUUUAAAUAAACUAACAUAAAUGAUGACUUAUUCCUCUAAUAUAGCUUCAAUCAAUCAAUGACUACAUCGAUUGAAUUAUAAAUCAAUAAUGCAAAUGAUAUUACAUAUAUUAAAGAUAUUAAAGAAAGUGAGAAAGGUUAAAUAGAUUUAGUUGAAAUUCACAAUUUUUCAGCUGCAUCAGGUUUUGGUUUAUUGUAUGCUUAAAUAACAAAUAUUGGUGAAAUUUCUUGUAAAUUUUAAAGCUUUCUUAAUUGCUCUAAUAAUACUCAAACAAUCUAUUCUAUAGAUCUUUCUUUAGACCCUUAGAAAAGUAAAAUAGUUUAAUAAGAUAUAAAUUUUUCGACUCAAAUCAGAGAAUCAAAUUCAUGCAAUUUUAGUUUAUUAAAUAAUGAAGGAUCCCUUUUAGAUUGGAAAACUAUUUAUUUUGAUGAAUUAAUGGAUAACAAUCAAAAAAGCAAUUCAUCUUUUAAUUUUAAAGAAAAUACCUGUGAUUCAAAAUGCUCUCCAUUUUUUGAUAUCUAUUGCUAUUUUUAAUAUAACUGUGAAUCUUAGAUUAUCACAUUUUUUACUGUUUUAAGUGGAAUUUUUAUUACAAUCUGUUUUUGUUGUAUAUAUUUAGGAUACAAAAAGAAAUUAAGUUGUUGUUAGUUUAAAAAAUAAUUAUAAAACAACACCUCACCUUUAGAGAGUGUUUUGUACUAGUAAAAUAAAGAAUUGAAAAGAAGAAUUAAAUUAUCAGAUUCAUAUUAAGAAUCAUAUUGUUAAUAGUAAAUAUUGUCUGUGUCGUAAGAUGAAGUGAUGUAUUUAAAUUUAGCUUUAGGGACAGAUCCAAUUUCUAAUGAACUCUAAUGUGAUGCAUCAUUUGAAGUAUUGGCAACAUAUUAGAAGAAAGAGCUUAUAAAAUUAUCAGUUAAAAGAAACAGUUAAUUUGUAAGGAUAUUUAAAUAGAUUUAUGGUUUAUAAAACAUAGAAAGAAAUGUAAAAAAAUACUUAGCAGUAAAGGUUGAAUCAAUAUCUUUAUUUAGUAGUUUAUUGACAGAAUUUCCACUGUUUACAAUAUAUUGA